GCUGGGAGAGGAGAUAUUGGGAGGAUACAGGCUGGAGAGACAUCUGCUCUCUUGGCGUGGGGAGGAGAAAGCCGAGUCCCGGCGCUGGUGCUGACACCCGUUUCCCUGCCAGUGGGGAAGCUGCUUAUUUUCCUGUUUCCGUGUUGCCGGUGAAUACGGCCCCAUCCUGCGGCUCUCCCUCCGCACGCUGAUCCCUGCCUGCGCAGCGAGCAGGGCUGGCUUGCUGCCUGCCCCCAGGAGAAGAAAUCCGCGCCCGCAGGCUCGCCCAGCUCUACCCCUAAAGGAGCCGUGAACACCAACACAGUAGUGAUACCGCAGGCAGAGUAGAAACCAGGGAGAGUGAGAGACGGCAAAGGCCCGGGUGGCGCUGAGAGGGUUUUUCUGAGAGCGCGCAGAUAGACAACCGGAGCCGAUGGUUCAUAACACAACAGCAAAGCGGCUGAUGUACAGGCCCGAGAGGAGGAAACCAGAAGAUCAGUGGGUGGCUGGGGUUUGCCAAAACCAACUUGAUAGCCACGAUGGGAGUAAAGGCAUUUUCUGCAGAGAGACACAAAUGGCUUGAGGUGCUUGAGGGCAGGCUGUCGGGGAGAGGGAGGCUUGGACAACUUUCAGGGAGAGGGGAUUUCUCUCUGCCACGCUUGCAGGUCAAGGACUCCGUUUCCAGGAAGGGUCUCAGAACAAAGUCCCUGUGAACGCUGUGCGAGAGGGACUCGGCAGCCUCUCGCCAGACCCUUGACAGCAGCUGUUGGGACUCCUGGGAUGGAGCAGAGCACAGGAUUUGUGUAGAAAGCAAGGUCAGGUAUUUAGGGCCAUCAUUUGCAGGCAUUAGCAGGCCUCAGGGGAAACAAAAUGCACAGGGAAUAGUAUGUAGAGGAGCAGCCAGCUGGGUGGCUGGAACAUGUCAGCUGUACACCAGGGCGGUUUGGAGCAGAGCCGCACUCGUGCCGCCUCCUGCGCUUCUGGAGUGCCCUUUCCCAUGGCUGCUAAACGCUCCCACUGCAGACAGACAGACAGACGUUUCCCCCCUGCCUGCAGGGCAUCAGCUCUGCAAGUCAGCCGGCUGUCACGGGAGGAAAGAAAAUAGCACCUGCAUUACUAGGUCACGUUCAAGGAGCUGCAGGCAUGGAAGAAUGGCUUUAACUCACGCUGCUUGCCGGCGGCUGGCUCUUAAUUGAAGCAGUCUGGCUGGCACGGGGAGACUGCACCAUCCAGCAAGGGUGCCGUGGCAGUGCUGUGCUCCAGGGCAGGGAGCUGGUGCUGCUCCAGGCAGUGAGUCGCAGUGGGGUUGCUGCUCUUUUCCCUCAUUCCCAGCAAUGCCCAGAGAAUCCUUCCUGAGCCCUAGGAAGGUCUGAAGAUAGGGAGGAAUUUAGCCCAGCAAAGGGGGGCUGCAGUGUGUGUGCAAGCCUAGGGUCCAGGCCAGAUGCACUGGGUACCACGGAGCAGGAGAUGCUACUGAUGGCAGGAGGGGGAGAUGGGUCCCCUUCUGGGAUGUGUGAGGAAUAAAAGCCGAGUGUGCUACACUCCUAGGGGAAACCCGAGGUCCUGGGGGCCUAAAGGGCACGGCUGCUCGGCACAGGAGGCAGGACUUACCUUGAGAGCAGGUCUGAGUUGCCUGAGGUUGCUCUUCCAGGAACAAGGAAGUGGGCGACGACGCUCCAGCUCUGCUCAACAAGCAAGCGAGGAGAAGAAAUGUGGAGCAAGAGAGUGUGCCCGGAGGCUCUGCUCUGAUCCUGCUCCUUUGCUAGAAGUCUCUGGUGGUUUCCCGCGGUCAGGCAGACCUUGAAUCCAGUGGGACCCCCGUCUGUGGUAGCCGGCAGUCCCCGCAGCGAUGCUGGGGCUGGACGGGUUGCUGAGACCAGCCUCUUCCUCUCCGGCCGGCGGCCGGCCCCGCGCAGACAUGGACGAGCAGUUCCAGCCCUGCCUGGAUGGGAUUGACUACGACGACUUCAAUUUCGGCUCCCACAUGAUGGAGCAGAAGGAGCCCCUGAUGGAGACAGUGGAAGGUCCCUACCUUCUCAUCAUCGAGCAGCCAAAGCAGCGGGGGUUCCGUUUUCGGUACGGCUGCGAGGGCCCUUCACACGGGGGGCUUCCGGGGGCAUCCAGUGAGAAGGGACGCAAGACCUAUCCCACUGUCAAGAUCUGCAACUACACGGGGAUGGCCCGGAUCGAGGUGGACCUGGUGACGCACAGCGACCCUCCCCGCGUGCAUGCCCACAGCCUGGUGGGCAAGCAGUGCAACGAGGCUGGCAACUGCAUCGCGAUCGUGGGACCCAAGGACAUGACAGCUCAGUUCAGCAACCUGGGUGUGCUCCAUGUCACCAAGAAGAAUAUGAUGGAGAUCAUGAAGGAAAAGCUGAAGCAGCAGAAGAUGCGUAACAGGAGCCAUCUCCUGACAGAAGCGGAGCUGCGUGAGAUCGAGCUGGAGGCAAAGGAGCUGAAGAAGGUGAUGGACCUGAGCAUUGUGCGGUUGCGCUUCACCGCCUACCUCCGCGACAGCAGCGGGAACUUCACGCUGGCCCUCCAGCCCGUCAUCUCGGACCCCAUCCAUGACAGCAAGUCCCCAGGAGCUUCCAACCUGAAGAUCUCACGGAUGGAUAAGACGGCAGGCUCUGUGCGGGGAGGGGAUGAAGUCUACUUGCUGUGUGAUAAAGUUCAGAAAGAUGACAUCGAGGUGCGUUUCUACGAGGAUGAUGAGAACGGCUGGCAGGCCUUCGGGGACUUCUCCCCCACUGACGUGCACAAGCAGUACGCCAUUGUCUUCCGCACACCCCCCUACCACAAGCCCAAGAUCGACCGUCCCGUCACCGUCUUCCUGCAGCUGAAGCGGAAGCGGGGGGGCGACGUGAGCGACUCCAAGCAGUUCACCUAUUACCCCGUGGUGGAAGAUAAGGAAGAAGUGGAGAGGAAGCGCAAGAAAGUCCUGCCUCAAUUUCCCCAGCACUUUGGUGGGGGCUCACACAUGGGGGGUGCCGGCGGGGGGGCCGGGGGCUUCAGCUCUGGAGGAGGCGGGAACCUCAGCUUCCCCUACUCCACCGGGCUGGCCUACAACAGCAUCUACUCGCCCGGCCCCCACCCUGUGGGGGGCUACCAGGGGGGUGUGCAGAUGAAGGGCCCCGAGGCGGAGGGGCCCGGGAGCGACAGGCAGGUGCCUGCAGAAAGCACGUACUGCAAGGAGCUGCAGAAGCACGCCCAGCUCUGCCAGCUGUGGAUGCUGGCACUGGCCCGCCGCAAUGCCCAUGCCCUGCUCGACUACUCAGUCACCGCCGACCCCCGCAUGCUGCUGGCAGUCCAGAGGCACCUGGCUGCGUCACAGGAUGAGAACGGAGACACGCCUUUGCACCUCGCUAUUAUCCAUGAGCAGACGGCUGUAAUCAAGCAGCUGAUCGAGGUCAUUGUUAGCAUCCCCAGCCAGCAGAUCAUCAACAUCUCCAAUAACCUGCAGCAGACGCCGUUGCAUCUGGCAGUCAUCACCAAGCAGCCCCAAGUGGUCCAGCUCCUGCUGCAAGCCCGUGCUGACCCCACCUUGCUGGACCGCUACGGCAAUUCCCUGCUGCACCUGGCACUCCAGGCUGGCGAUGAAGAGAUGCUGAGGACGCUGCUGGCCCACCUGGGCUCAGCUGCCCCUUACCUGCUCCGUCUGCCCAAUUUUCAUGGCCUCCUGCCUGUGCACUUGGCCGUAAAGGCAAAGAGUUUGGCCUGCCUGGACCUGCUGGUAAGGAAGGGAGCGGAUGUGAACGCGGUGGAGAGGCAGGGCGGGAGGACCCCACUGCACCUGGCCGUGGAGAUGGAGAACCUGAACAUGGCCACCCACCUCGUGAAGAAGCUGGGAGCAGAUGUCAAUAGCAGGACUUUCGCCGGGAACAGCCCCCUGCACCUGGCUGCUGGUCUGGGCUCCCCCACUCUCACCAAACUGCUCCUCAAAGCUGGGGCAGACGUGCUGUGUGAGAACGACGAGCCUGUGAGCCCGUCCUCGUCAGAGGCCAGCAGUGACACGGAUGCUGACCCUGAGGAGCAGGAGCUGGCCAUGGAGCUGGGGGAGCCGGCCCCAGCCAUGGAGCACAGCACCAACCGGGCCCCCCCCGUGCAGGAGCAUGGGCAGGCAGGGCACAGGCAGCGCCGCUGCCACACGCCCCUGGACCUGACUCGGAGCCAGAAGGUGCGGGAAAUCUUGCUGCAGGCCUCCCAGCAGGGCCCCGAGGCAGAGCUGCCCGCUGCCCCCCGGCCAGGGAAGGUCUUGUCACUGGACAGUGAGGCGCUGCAGGGGCUGGAGCAGCUGCUGAACCAGGACUGCAGUGGGUCGGAUUGGAUCGAACUAGCCAAGCGCCUGGGGCUCUGCAGCCUGGUGGAGACCUACAAGGACACCCCCUCACCCAGCAUCAGCCUCCUGCGCAGUUACGAGCUGGCAGGGGGAAGCCUGGGGGGGCUGCUGGAAGCGCUGGACUCCAUGGGGCUCCGCAAGGCCGUGAGGAUGCUCCACAAAACCGAGGCGCUGGAGAAGCUGCAAAGCACAGAGCUGAAGGAAGACAGUGCCUACGGCAGCGAGUCAGUGGAGGAAGAGCAGGCGCCUGCACUGGCCCUGAAGCCGGGGCCGGGGGGUGAGCUGCCCCACAGCCAGCAGCCGCAGGUGCACUGAGGGGCUGGCAGCCCCCGCACAACCCUGGGGGGCCGCAUUGCCCCCCACCCUGCCCUGCCCAUGCAAGUGCCUUCUGGACUUGGGGUCCGGCUGCCUGGACUCAGGGGGACAGGACACAGCUGGCUCCUGCCCCUCUCUGCUCUUAUUUAAUGGUCCCUCUUCUGAAUAAAGGGACACAGUUUCCAUUAGCCUUUGCCCUCCCUCUCUCCAGCUCUGGCCCUGAGCCGGCAGGCACUAACCCCCCUGAGCCCUGCAUAGGGCUGGGAGUCCAGCAGCAAGGAGGCAACUGCUGGCCCCUCCUCAGCUUCCCUCCAUGCCAGCGCUGUCCCCAACUGUGGGGGAGAAACCACAGCGCACACAAGAAGUGAAGAGCAAGUUUUACUUCAGUAACCGAGAGAAGAAGCUGUACAAAGGUUUUUCUCUCCCCGAGCCGCCUGGGGCAAGGGUGGAUUUUUUUUUCUUUUUUUUUUUUUUUUUUUUUUUUUGCAAUAGACUCAAAAGAGCAGAAUAAAAAGUUUGACACAUUCGCAAAGUCAGUGCUGAAACCAGCCGGGUCCCGGGCAGCCAAGAACAGCGUGUGUGCCAGCCCCCUGCUUACAGCCCUUCUGCUGUCCCUGGACCCCUCCCUGUGCACCCUGGGCACUCCUGCGGCCACGCUCCACCACCAGCACCUCGCUCCAGACGAGCAUCCUCCAGCGCACCCCGGGGUGGUGGGGGCUGCCCCAGCCUGCCCCUCACCUUGGCAAGGAGGGAGCCCAUGGC